GACCCACCUGUCAGUGAGAGUAGGGAAACCCUGUCGGUCCGUUGCCUCCGCCUCGUCCCUCCUCUCCAGCCGUUACUGUACUGCCCACUCUGCUCCGGCUCUCCCGCCGCAACACCCGCCGGCGCCGGACGCCGCCAUGCUGCCUCCCCACGUCGAAGACGACCACUUCGCGCGGACACCGCUCAUCGCCCGCCCCCUUCCUCUUCCUCGCCGGGCCGCCGCGAGGCUCCACCCGCUCCCUCUCCUCGUCGCCGCCGCGGCCUUCGCCACCUACUACCACCUCCUCGUCGCGCCCGCGCCGUCGUACUACCACUCCCUCUUCCUCUCCCUGGGUUCCAACGAGACCGCCGCCGCGCACCUGCGCGCGCUCACCGCCCGUCCCCACCUCGCGGGCACCGAGGCCAACGCCCUCGCCGCCGACCACGUCGUCUCGACGCUCUCCUCCCUCUGCUCCUUCCCCACCCGCGUCACGCCCUACUCCGUCCUCCUCUCCUACCCCGCCCACCGCUCCCUCUCCCUCUCCGCGCCAGGCCGCGCCGCCACCGCCUUCGCGCUGGUGCAGGACGCCUACGCCGGCGACCCCUACGCCGCGGCCUCGGCGGAGGCCGUCCCCACCUUCCUCGCGUACGCCGCGUCCGGCUCGGCCGCCGCCGAGGCCGUCUACGCCAACUACGGCCGCGCCGAGGACUACGCCUACCUCGCCUCCCGCGGCGUGAACGUCACGGGGAAGGUCGCAGUCGCGCGCUACGGCGAGGUGUUUCGUGGCGACAAAGUGAAAAACGCCCGUGUCGCUGGCGCCGCGGCGGCGCUCAUAUACACUGAUUUCAAGGACUACACGGCGCCGGGGAAGGCCUUUCCUGAUGGGCCGUGGAUGCCGCCGACCGGCGUGCAGGUCGGGAGCGCGUUCAAGGGGGUGGGGGACCCCACGACGCCGAUGUGGGCGUCGUCGGAAGGGUGCGAGCGCGUGAGCAUCGCGGAGGCGAUGGCCACGGACGACAUGCCCGGGAUACCGGCGCUGCCGGUGUCGGGGAGGGACGGGGAGGAGAUACUGCAGCUCAUCGGCGGAGAUGUCGCUCCAGAGGAUUGGCAAGGCGGCGAGGGCGCGCCGGUUUACCGUCUCGGACCCGGGCCGGCGGUGCUCAAUCUGACCUAUACAGGGAAUGAGACGAUGGCAACUAUUCAGAAUGUUAUUGCAGUGAUUGAGGGAAAAGAAGAACCUGAUAGGUAUGUUAUCCUUGGCAACCAUCGUGAUGCAUGGACAUUUGGGGCAGCUGACCCUAGCAGUGGAACGGCAGCCUUGCUUGAGCUCAAAGGUUCUCUAAGCUGCAAAGCAAGGGUUGGAGACCUCGACGGACCAUCAUCUUGUGUAACUGGGAUGCCGAAGAUGUGUAAUUCUGGACUUGACGUACUAGCCACUCCUCAACUUGAUGAGUUGCUUAAGCAAGCGAGUAAACAGGUUCAAAAUCCCGAUAACGGAACAGAAAGUCUGUAUGACAUGUGGAUGGCUUCUGACAGUUCUUUGAUUGGUAGGUUAGGAAGCGGAGGAUCAGAUCAUUUUGCCUUUGUUCAACAUAUUGGCAUUCCUUCAGUUAGUAUGUCUGUUGGGUCAGAUUAUGCUGUGUACCAUAGCCUGUACGAUGACUUCACAUGGAUGGAAAAGUAUGGAGAUCCCAUGUUCCGCAGGCAUGUCGCAGUGGCAAGCAUGUGGGGGCUUCUUGCGUUGAGGCUUUCAGAUGAUGAGAUCCUACCCUUCAACUACGGCUCUUAUGUUGCAGAGCUUGAGAAAGGUGCCGUGGGUAUAAACAAGAGUGUACUAGGAAUGCCUGUCAGCUUAUCUCCCCUCCAAAAGUCAAUCAAAGAGUUCGACAAGGCAGUUCUAAAAGUGGAUUCUGAACUUAAGGCUCUACAAACGUGGAAUGUUUGGUCGCCUUGGAGAAACAAUCCAUUGAGAGUAAGAGAUCUCAAUGACCGGUUGAUGAUGACCGAACGGGCGUUCACAGAGCGGGAAGGACAGUCCGGGAGACCUUGGCGCAAACACAUGAUUUAUGGACCUUCACUGCACAACGAUUAUGGGGCGGAAGUCUAUCCGGGUGUUGAUGAUGCCAUCCAGACAGCGAAGAGAACAAAUACUUCGUUGUCCUGGCAGUCUGUACAACAUGAGAUUCACAGGAUUGCUAGAGUCAUCAGCCAGGCGGCGUUAGUCCUAAGUGGAGGUUUAACAUGAAUCCUUCUGCUGUCCUGAUUCAUUUAAAGACCAAGUUUGUAAAAAUAAGGUUGUGGACAACCCUGGCGAGAUGGAUACUGAAUAACAAUGUCUGUGUCUGUAUUGAUUCACCAAGGUACAAUGAUUACAAUGUAUAUAGAA